AUGCCCACGCAAAAGGUGCUAUGGAAGCGUGUCAUCGCCUUGCUCUGCGCCCUCAUAAAGCUGAUGGUCGCUGCAUUCAGCUCUGCCAUAGCUUACUGGACCACCGGAUUGCGGCGAUUGAUGAAAUCCGAUCUGGCUGCGUCGGAUCCUCCAGCCCGACUCAUGGCAACAAUACAAAUGGCGAAUAACGUGCUCGCCGCAAUGAUCAUGAUUGCCAUUGCCUCUACCAUCUUUGCCAUUUUGGGAAUCUACAUCGCAAUUCAUCGAACGAGUGGAAUUGGGCAAUGCAUCUACGGUUUCAUUGCCAUCGUAACCGGCGGCUAUGUAGCCGACCACGUGCAAGGCUUUCAAUCCUUGAUUGCAACAUUUAUUGACCCUGACGAUCUGCAGUACGACGGAAUUACCUACUACGGGAGUGUUGGACAGGCUGCUUACGGAGCCCUGGUGAUCAUUCUGUCCAUUGCUCUUUUAGUGAUUGUCUUAUAUGGCAAAUCGCGCACGGCACCCAUCGGACCUGCAGGUUGA